AUGCUCGAUGCUGCGUGGCUAGUGCUGGCGGCGGCGGCCGUAGGGGUAUCCGUAGCCUCCACCGUCCUGAUUGCAAAGAACCAGCCGGUCCAAGGCAUGUUGCUCUUCCUCUGGUUCCUUGGCCUCUUGUCCGUUGCUGUGGCGGGACUGCCAUCGACGAACCACUACGACAACGAUUGUCCUGGCAACUGCAAUACGUCUCAUCCUGCCUAA